AUGAGCUGGAUAUUUCAGUCUGGCGAGUCAAUUUUUCCGCCUGAACGACUAAGAACUCUCUAUACUGUAAAGUCAAGUACAGAGAUUGGUCGGUGCUACCGUUGUGCUUCUUUUGAAUCGCUAAUAGCAGUUGGAUUGUGCAAUAGUUGUUCAGUGCCAGACAUGCAAAAGUUUUGGCUAGCUCUUGUGGUCCUCUUGGCCGGUUUUAGUCAAGUUCACGGUUACAGACCGGUCGUUCGACCAAAGGAAAAAGUGACCACCAGUGAGCAAGCUGAUCCAUGGUAUCGUACAAUUUAUGGUAGUAAGGUGGAACUGGUUACUCCGACGGUUAUCGCUGGGGUCACCUUUAAGGCUAAACCCUCUCCAACUCCGAAUCCUCUGCAGCCAUGGAUCACCCUAAACAAGCUUGGUGAACCAAAGACCGUGAAACCCGAGAUUAAGAAUGGUAUCACUAAGAAGGGCUCUCCAGAAUAUUCUACGUAUUUCAAAGUGGUCAGUACCACUACGUUGGGGUAUGAAGACUUGAAGGCACAUAACAUGGACCCAGACGAGGUUUAUGAGGAAAAGGUUUUCAUCGAGGAAGAUGACACGUAUGUUUCCCUGAACCCUGUGAUUAGAUGCACGCCUGAUCGAUACUUCAACAAGGGCGCCUCUCGUGAUAUUUCGAGUGAACCGUUCUGUACUCCGCAGGAAGACGUUCAAUGGAAGGUUGGCAAAACGUACUUUGCAUCCUGGUACACACAUUUCUUCAGAGAUGAACAUUCGGAUGAAGUUAUUGAUCAGGUGAAGGUUCAUUUGUCAUACGUGAAAGAGAGAGACGGAGAGAAGGGAUUUGUCAAAAGAGAUAUCCCGGCCACUUUCUUUUCAUCCGAAUGGUUGAGGAAUGACGAGGGUAUGCUGCCCAUCGAAGUUCAACCAGAAUGGUUGCAGGGCGCUCGCACUCGUAAAGUUGUGCUUUCCGUACAGCCCAAGAACGUUCCUGACGAAGAGUUCCACCCACUCGACCAUGGCAUCUUGCUCUUUAUCGAUGCAGGUUCCAGGGUUUACAAGCAUACUAAAGAACAACUAGCCCUUGAAGAAGCCGGUUUCACUGAGAGACAUUGGUUAUUUGUUGCCAUCACUAUGCCCACCGUUGUCGUUAUUGCGUUGAUCUUGAUGUACUUUUUCCUCUACGCAAACAACAGCUACCGGGACUUCUCCGAUAUCACUCGAAAGGCAGUGAGCAAAAAGCAUCGUGUCAUCGGUAAGGUCUCUGAAAUGAAGAAGUUCAAGAACUUGAGAAAUCAUAAGUACUCAGAGUUGCCAAGUUAUCAGACAAAGCCCGACAAGCAGCAUUAG